AUGAAAUCCCAAGCAGUUCUUCGUCUAUGUUAUUCAACAGCUCGUUAUAACCCAUCUGUUUGUACCGGUGCUGCAAAUCUAUACCAGUCUCGCCGAUGGAUUAGUUUACACGAAUAUCAAAGCAAGAAGAUUCUUGAUGAAAACAAUCUCAAUGUUCAACGAUUUCAAGUUGUGGACAAUCCUCAAGAUGCCAAACGAGCUGGUGAAGAAUUGAUGAAAACAAUCGCCAAGGAGUUAGUCAUCAAAGCUCAAGUAUUAGCUGGUGGUCGUGGAAAAGGCACAUUCGACAGCGGAUUGAAAGGUGGUGUCCGACUCACCAAAGACCCAGUAGAAUGUGGUAAUUUGGUUAAACAAAUGGUGAAACAUCGUUUAGUAACAAAACAAACACCACCAGAAGGUGUUGAAGUUCAAAAGGUCAUGGUCGCUGAAGCAUUAGACAUUGCUCGUGAAACAUAUUUAGCCAUUUUACUUGACCGUGCAUAUGGUGGCGCAGUUCUUAUGGGUUCACCCAUGGGCGGCGUUGACAUCGAAGAAGUUGCCGAAAAACAUCCCGAACAGAUCUUUACUUCAGCGAUCGAUCCUAAAAGUGGUUUGAAGAAAGAACAAGCUUUAGACAUGGCUAAAAAACUUGGAUUCAAGGAUAAACUAGCUAAUGAAGCUGCCGACCAAAUCAUGAAACUAUAUAAACUAUUUCUGAAAUACGAUUGUACACAAAUCGAAAUCAAUCCAUUCGGUGAAACACCUGAUAAGCGAGUGAUUAAUUUCGACGCCAAACUGAGCUUUGAUGACAAUGCCAAAUUUCGUCAAACUAAUGUCUUCGAUAUGGAAGACACAAGUGAAAGUGAUCAACGUGAAGUCGAAGCGACACAAGCUGGUUUGAAUUACAUUGGUUUACAAGGAAAUAUCGGUUGUCUCGUUAAUGGUGCUGGCUUAGCUAUGGCAACCAUGGAUAUUAUCAAAUUACACGGUGGACAACCUGCUAAUUUCCUUGAUGUCGGAGGUGGUGUCAAAGAAGAACAAGUGCUUGACGCUUUCAAGAUUUUGUUCAACGAUAAUCAAGUUAAAGCUGUUCUCGUCAACAUCUUUGGUGGUAUUGUUAACUGCGCUAUCAUUGCUAAUGGAAUUGAAAAGGCUUGCAAGAAACUUGGCUUGAAAAUUCCUCUCGUCGUUCGUCUUCAAGGUACAAACAUGGACGAAGCACGUCGCAUCCUGAACCAAAGUUCAUUUCCUAUCACAGCCGAAAAUGACUUCGAAAAAGCAGCACAAAAAGUUGUUUCUUUAGUGAAGAAUAGCAAGUAA